AUGUUAAAUCUGUUGAUAAUAUGUAUAAUAAUUGAGAGAAUAUUAAAUGUGUUUUCGUACAAAUUAAUCAAAUCUUACGAUAAAAUUAAUUUAACUUUGAAAAAUGAAUUUAAAGUUUAUUCUCAAGGGGAAGGACCAGAUUUAUCUUCUGAUAUCGUUCCUAAUCCUUUAUACCAGGCUGGAAUUAAAUAUAACAGGAAAAAAUUUCCCUACGAAUCGAAGAAUAAAAAUAUCUUAAAGAAUCUUGGCAAAUCAAGAAUCGACUCCAUCCUACACAAUAUACAAUCCUUCGUCAACUCGAAACUUCACAAUAGAAAUGAUAAUUCCACCAGUAAUUCCAAGGGUAAAAUUACGGAUACCCGAGAGGGAGAUAGAGAUGGAGAUGGAGAUGGAAAGGGAGAGGGAGAUGGAGAUGGAGGGGGAGGGAUGUGUAAGGAGGAAUGCGUGAAAAGAUCAGUUUUGUACAGUAAUCUAAAGAGAAUUAUGGAUAAAAAUAACUUUAAACCUGAAAAAAUACUCAGAACCGAUGAUUUCAUUAAUGGAAUGUUGUAUAGAAGAUUGGGGGAGUCUGAUUUGGUGGUGAGUCAGUUGUGUAUUGGCACGGCAAUGUACGAUAACCCCGAACUCAUCGACCCCGAUCACGCCCUUGAUAUCAUGGAAACCGCUCUCAAACUAUUCGGAAUCAAUUUCUACGAUGUGUGUGAGUAUGAUCCGUAUCCGUAUGAGCCUAGGAGUUAUCUUGAGGGUCAUCACAAGACUGUGAGAUCCUUUAUUAGCCGCGUGGGACGUGAGAAUUUGGUCCUGUCUGGACGUAUAGCAUCGAGUAACCUGGGAAAAUAUAAAUCUUCCGGACGAUUUCUCUCAUGGGUUCGAAACAAUAUUCGUGAAAAACCUAAUAGAAACGUGAUUGAGAGUGCAGUGGACAACCUGUUGAUGAGUUUGGGUACGGAUUACUUGGACAUAUUAUCCUUUGUAUUUCCAUAUCGUUAUGUGCCUUUAUCACAUUUGGGUGAGGAUACUUACUGCUGGUCCUCUGAAUACACUUUUAAUAAUCUGGAAAUCCCAGACUGUUCCGAUGUAACCCCGGGAUUAGACAAUUUGGAUGACCAAAUUGAAGCGUUAAAUUAUUUAUAUUCCAAGGGGAAGAUUAAAAGCGUCGGACUCUCAAAUGAAACUGUUUGGGGAAUACAUCGCAUUAAACAUCAUCCAAACAGACAGUUUCCACUCUCCUCCAUACAAACUUUGUACAAUCUUUUACACCGCAAUGAAACGGAAUCAAGCGGAUUGGUGGAGGCGAGUUUGAAGGAGAAUUUUAAUUGUCCGAUAAUAGCGUAUGGCAUCCUGGCCGGUGGUAUUCUCACCGGCAAAUACCUCGAUCCCGAACGAAUAAACCCUAUGGGCGCUGAUAAAACAAGAGAAGUUACCAAUUUCUACGAAUACUCACUACCAGACAAUUUUGAGUAUCCGGAGGAUUAUGGGCAUUUAAGUUAUGGACCUUCCAAUUCCAGGUGUAAUCUCUUUCCACAAACUUAUCACACCCACAGAACGGUGUGGUGUCAGCAUGUGACGGGAGAAUACAUAAAACUCGCCAGAACUCACGGACUCACACUUUCACAACUCGCACACUCAUACACUUUCUCCAGACCUUUCAUAUGUAGUAGUAUAAUUGGUCCUCGUAGUAUUGGUCAGUUAUAUGAGACUAUAUCUUCUUUAAACUACCCUGUGACACCUCAGCUUGAGUCGGACAUCCAUGAGAUCUUCUUGCGGUACCGUGCGGUGACGAUGGGCGGUCCGCAAUUCCUGACUAAGAUUGACGACUUUGAGGUGCCAGUUUCCCAAAAUGAUAUCAUGAAGAAUGGAUUAUUACCCAUUUGGAGCGGGGGCUCACACUGGCAUAUGGACUCAAUCCCCUCAUUUGAUAAGCUAUACCAUCUCCACAGCUUGAAGGAGGAUUUAGUCAAGAUUAAGAGGAUUUUCGGACUUUUAGAUAAACCAAAUGAUUCCAACUGGCCCAACUACAGGUGCUGGAUCGAACGUACCAAUGAACACUUACCUGGCGAGUAUUUUGCGGUGAAGGAGAGUAAGUUAUUUUCCUGGGACACGAUGAAGCUUGACAAUUUAACACUCGUCAACAAAACACCCGAAGAAAUCCAACAAGACGAUACCUCACACUUCCACUUCUACUGGAAAUCCGGGAAAGUAUAUGUUGGACCUACGAGUGAGGCGAUAUAUAGCUUUUACGAGGACAAGGAAGCGCAAUAUAACACAAUUAAACAACGCGAAGAAAGCUUUAAACGUGGACUAAACCUGAAACAAUUGCCUGAUGACAUGAUGAUAUGGUCUCCGGUGGAUGUGGACUUGGUGUAUAAAAGGUUAACGGAGAGACAGAUUAAUCCGUUGAAUGAGCAAGAGUUGGAGGAGUUGUUAUAUAAUUUCAUGGCCGAGGGGAAGGAAUUAACGGAUGAGGAAAAGAAAUGCCAACAGUUCGCAUACUUUAAUAAACAAAUUGAUAAACUCAAUCAACCACAAACCGAACAACACAUCGGAUCCCUAGACGACUAAUAUACUCACACUCUUA